CACAAACUGUGUCAAACCAACUGCAUCAUAGUCGAAUAACAAAAUUAUCCUCGAGGGGGGCAAGUGAAAGAAAUUAGGUACGUAUGUGUUUCACUCCAAUGUGUGCAGGGUGGCUCAUGUUCUCAUUAGCCACUCAGCCAUUUUACCCACUGAGGUGUAGCCUUUUAACGCUGAUGGUGUUAUUAUUCUCUGUAAUGUUAAGAAAAUAGAGCUUCCUGAAACUGCCUCAGUGCAAUAAGCUGUUAAGUAUCACAUUUGCAGGAUCAAACUCGGGGAAAAGAAGAGAGUCUUUUAAUUUCAAUUUCAGUGAGUCCUGCAGGUGGGUCAGCACUUGGCUGCAGUCUUUGAUUCUCCCUCAGUGGAGGAUGUUUAUGACAAGUAUUACCUGUGAGCCUGUUGACAUUAUCAAGCAUGGCACUUUAAGGACUCUGUGCUUUAUACACCUGGCCCUCAUUUUUCAGCAUGUACUGGUGCAUUAUCAACCAUUGUCAGUACAGCACAUGAAGUAUUUUAGUAAUAAAGGUAUAUUUGGGCCUUUGUCAAGUAAAAUACCAGUGGAUAUGAAAAAAUCCAGUUAAGAAAGGUAUUUAGCUGUGAUAAUGUGUCUUGAAUCAGCUUUAAAGAGACAAGCAUUUUACCAAACAAAAUUUUAUUCUCUAUCUCCAGAAUAGCAAAUGACACUUUAAUCUGUCUGUCGAAACUGUUUUCAGAAUACAUAUAUCAUAAUAAAUAUAGUAUAUGUUUUUGUUGAAUGCAUUUUAGUGUUGAAGUUUUUGGGUUGUGUGUACUUGACCUGCAAAAGCUUUGCUGUCACAGUGGAGUACAGUUCUUAUCAGACUGUCAAAGGAAACAACGGCACCAAUCUACUGUCAAAUGUUAGAACAGAGUGCUCUUCAAAGAAAAUAGAUGCCAUUAAAGUCAUCUUACCAUUCAGACGCUGAAAGCUUUUUGUGCCCUCUAUCAACUGGGAUUGAAAACGUGUAGGUUGGAGCAAUUUACUACCCUGUCUUGUAUGGUCUCGAGUCAUUUGUAGCUACGCUUGUUGCUUUUGCACAAACCAUUUGGACAUUGUUUCAAGACAACCACGUUAGUAAGCAGCAUUUCAGUCAAAGGACAAAUGUUGUGCAUGCAUGUAGAUAAGAAAUCUGUGAAGCAAAUAAUCAAGGAAGCGAAAUGAAAGGAUUUGCAUUCACAAAAUUAAUCAAUGAAUGUGAUACUUGUGAUGGCAUUUAUCCGUCAUGCUUGUCUGGACAAGAUAGGCUGGAAUCAGCAUUUAAGAGAUUCAGUUGCCGAAAUCUCUCCUGCUGUCAUCAUCUUGCAACAAGGUCGAUAGCAGGGAAAUUAACAUGAUUAUUUGGCUAAUGGUAUAAUGUUAGCAAGUAGAGAAAACCUUUCAAUGAUUUAGUGAAUUCACUUCGGAGUCAUUACCAGCAUGAGAAGUCUCAAUAAAACUGAUGACGUGUAACCUUUAAUGACUGUAGAUGGACUGUUGUUUUCACAUUAAGUUGAAUUAUUUUAGAAAUCCCAAGAUUGUGUCAGAAGAGGGCAAGUCUGUAUAACAACAACAAAAAAAAUUCAACUUAUUCCAUAAGAUUUUUAAAAGACGGAAAUAUGUUGUACAGUUGUUUCAUAGAAAAGGGUAGGAACUGUGUGUGUACAUGUAUAUUUAAAUUCAUAUGUAAAGGUCAGAUAAUGUGCUGCAAAUUUGGUAUAUUGAUGAAGUUUAUGCAUAUUUUUGGAGUAAUGUAAUUCCACUCUUCAAAAUGAGCUGUGAAUACUGUAAAAACAAAAUUAUGUAAUUAAAAUGUAGGAAUGAUUAAAUUACAUAUAAAUUACUGCCAUAAACUGGCACUGCUGUUAAUCUAAAUCAACUGAAAAACAAGUCCAACAUAAAAAAAUCAAUCAAAUAAAUAACAUUCACAUGAAUCAAAAGCUUACAGACCUUGCAUGUUUUGGUCUUCUUAUACUUUUUGUCCAUUUGUUUCACCGCUGAGCCAUUUAAGGAUCACUAAACUAAUGAGGCAGUAGAAAUUUCUCAGGAGUGCCCUAAAGUGAAUGAAACCCUCCUCCCUCCCCAUCUGACACUCGCUGUAUAAAACACAGCCAAUGCUGGGAACUUGACAGUUGCACUGAACACAGUGAAAACCAACUACAGCGAUAUUUGGUUCAAUUUUAAUGUAAGUUUUCUUUUCAUCUAUCAAUUGAAAGUCCUGUUUUUUAAAUUUAACUGUUGGAUUUGGCAGCUUUUGCAAUAGUGUUUUAAUCCAAAAUGGAGCUCCUAUUUCUGAUUUUGCCUUUGUUACAUCCUCGGGAAGCCUUUUUUCAGUACGCAUUUUGACUAAUAAUUUUCCCCAUGAUCCAGGUUUUCCUCAAGCUCGGUGAUGAUGCUGAGCAUUGUGGCUCUCUGCCUGCUGGCUUGUAUUCACUCUGGCAUAAACGCAUAUCCAGUCAAGCCUGCUGGUCCCCGGGAAGGUGCACCACCAGAGGAACUCGCCAAAUAUUAUUCAGCACUAAGACACUACAUCAAUCUCAUCACAAGACAGAGGUUAGUUCUUUUUAUUUUGUAAAUGAUUGGGGAUCAGGGCAAAAUUUUGUGGCACAUAAAUGCUUGAAUGUGUUGUUUCUCUUUUUAUGAAUAGGUACGGGAAAAGAGACACCCCGGGUACUGUGUUUUCAGAUGAGUUGCUAAAGGAGAGCACAGAGAGUUUUCCAAGAUCAAACUACGACGGGUAAUUGUUUCAAUCUACAGUGCUAUGUUGCUUUUUUAUGAAGCCUGUUUUUUUUUAAUUUUGGUUUAAUAACUUCAAUUCAUAAAAUAUAGUGCUGUUUAAUGCAUGAAGAAACAUGAACAUAAAGCUGCGCAAAUUUGCUCUUAAUCUUAGAUCAUGACAGGCAUGCAAUGAUCUUCAUCAUCCAAGCAGGCUCUAUUUAACCAGUAGUUUACUUAUUUUACUUGACCUUUAUUUAGCCAGGUUAGUCCCGUUAAUAUUAGAGAUAUCUUUUUCAAGGGAGACCUUCCCAAGACUGGCAGCAACACAAAUACAGUGAAACCCAAAUAAAAGGUCACUUCAGCUUAAACAAGAGCAUACAGAGAGCCUGACACCCAGACUUUUAACAGGAAAUUUGCAUACAUUCGAGCUAACUAAGUUAUGCAGUUUAAAGUCAGUCUGUGGAUUUUCCCAGGACUUUCGGAAAAAUACACAAUACAAAAAUUCACUGUAAUAAACUUCCUGGGGGUGAUCAUUUUAUUUAAACACAAAAAUGUUCCUUUAAAAUGUGUAUUUGUGGUGUACCACAUUUUAAUGUAACGCAAAGAUGUCUCUGGUGUAUUGCUUAUUUAAGAGAGUGGUAACAAGAAAGCAUCCUACAUUGUUUCAAUGUUUGCCAAAAAAAAAACACUUAAAUUUGAGGUGUGACUUUCUUGUGUUGUAGGUAUGAUGGACUGCCACUGUGGUGAUACUGCUGGAGAUCUUGGUUCCAGGUCGACUUUUUCACAGCCUCGGCUAUGUCUAAUUCUAAGUUACAUGAAUUUGUACUGCAUGGAAUAAACAUUUCUGUAAUGCAAACAAUUAUGUCUGAUGACAACAUUUUUUUAUAGGUAUACUGUUUAUCCAUUAUUAUCCGUUACUGAAUUUCCCUUCAGGGAUCAAUAAAGAUCUUCUUCUUCUUCAUUAUCUAA